UAUGCAGAAUAAACUGUAUAAAAUUUAUAAAGAAAAAUAGUCAAAAUAAAAUCGAAUGUAAAAGUUUGCAAAUUCAGUUUGCUUAAAACUAUUUCUAACCAAAUUUUUGUUUAUGUAAUAAAACAAAUUUUUUACAGUAUUAAUAUAACAUUAUUUAACAAUGAUUACUGACAUGGAAUUAAAAAAUAAAAUGGAUUAUAUACAACGAAUGUGUAAAGAUUUAUCACGCGACCAACAUAAAGUACUUAAUAAUAUAAUUCGUAUAACAAAACAUGCGUUACCACAUCAAUUGAUAAUUUAUGAUCCAAAUAAUAUUAUUGUAUGUAUUAUUCAAGUUUAUUUUUAUUAUUAUGAUAUAUUGCUUCGAACUGAUUUAUAUAAUAUAUGCAUAUUAUACAAACGAAGAAAAAGAUAUCGACAUGCAAAAGAAUGUUACAAUAAUUUAUUGAAAAUAUAUAUUCCUACAAAGUCUAAAGAAACUCUUAAAAUUAUACUUGAUACAAUUUGUGAAAAUAAGCUUUGGGAGUUUGAAACUUUUUGUUUUGAACUUAUAUGUGAUUUAUUGAAAUAUGGUCUUAAUGGAUCAUUAAUGUUUCAUGCUAUAUGGGAUAAAAUUGAAGGUCCAAAUAUGAAUAUAGAAGAUUCAAAAAGAAUCAUGAGAAUAUUAUAUGAAUUAUUAAAUGUUUAUGAAUGGCCAAAUACUCAUGAUACAAUAAUAGUUAUUGAAAGAAUUUUAAAUCUUUUUUAUAUUUCUAUAACUACUACAGAAUCAACAGUUAAUUAUAUACCAUAUGCAACACUUAAGAAAAGUUUGGAAGUCUGUAUUAUUAAUAUGGUAAAACAUAUAUAUAAUUAUCAUCUUCUCAUCAUAAUUCAUCACAUGUGUUCAUGGGUUGUUGAAACAGAAAUGACUGAUGAAUUUAUAUUACAAUUUGGUAGUACACUUGAAUAUAUAGCCUUCAUACAUAAUGUAACAUUAUAUGAGAAAACUUUAACUCCAAAGAUAUUUCCAUUAUUAAUGGAAAUGAUAGCAUCAACAAGUAAGAUAAGCAGCUUAUUAGGUAAUCGAGUUAUUCAAUAUUUGCUUGAUAGAAAAGAAAAUAAAGCAAAUUUUGAUACACCUAAGAUAUUUUUUGAAGAUGCUAACUUUGACAUAAAAAUAGAACGAUAUUAUAAAGAAGAUAAACUAUUCUGUAAAUUUCAUAGAGAAAUUUUACAUGACAGUUUUCUAAAAGGUAUUUUAAAUCAUUGUUCAUCACGUAUGAAUUUAGAAUCAAUAUAUUGUACAAUAUGUCUGAUUGCUGUAGAAGUUCCAUGUGGAUUUACAGCAGCAGCUGUAGUUUGUCUUUUAAUGAAUUUGCAAGAUAUAACUUUAAAAAGACAAAAUAAACGUCAUAUUGAAAUAUCAUAUCAUAUACAUGCAACAGUGAUAGCAAUUAUGUCUCUUUUAUGUUGGAUUCAUAAAGCUGAUGUAUUUUACGAAUAUGUGAAUAAAAUAAUGUUGGAAAGGGCACAAUGGGCUCCGCAUUUAAAUCCUCCUAUUCAAUCUCAAUAUAAUUUUGCUGCACAUCAUAUUCUUUGGAACAAACCAGAUUUAUUUUUUGUAGAUUGGGAAGCUCGCUAUGGUUUAUGGAAAUGUUUUCGUUUACGUGAAACUGAUGAAGAAAAUGAUGAUUAAAAUAAUUUAAUUUUAUCAAAAAUUAUAUGAUUCAAAUUAAUUUUAAAGAAUUUUAAACUUGUAAUG